AUUUAAUAAUUUUUGAAUUUGCAGCGGAAUUAAAAUGGCAGAUAGCAUGUUUGACGGUGUCUUAAUGAAUAUUGUCCAAAAGGCAGAAGGAAUUGACGGAUUCUAUGAUGCAGUCUUCUCUUUCAUGAGAAGGAAGACUGACUUUUACUCAAACCCUGACAAGGCUAGAUCUACUGUACUAGCUCAGUUUGAAAGACACCUCCACGCUUUUAAUGAAGAUGCAGUCAGAAGAGAUCUCAUCAAGAAAAAGCAGGAAGAGCAUAAGAAGAAACAAGAGGAAGAAGAGAAAGCAAGAAAAGAAGAAGAGAUCACUGAUGAAGAAGCCGAGAAAUUAAUGAAUGCUCAGAAGGAAGAAUCAUCACCUCCAACCCCAGCUCCAACAACUGAGGAUAAAAAGGAAGGUGAAGGGGAUGAAUCUGAUGAUGGAGUCCCUCCACUUAUUGGAAAUGGACUGAAAACAGAUACUUACUCCUUUACUCAAACUCUUUCUGAUAUUACUAUCAAUGUGUUCAUUCCAGAUGGAAUCAAAGCUAAGAAUUUGGAUGUUAUCUACUCUCAGAAGAAACUCAAGGUCGGGAUUAAAGGACAGCCUCCUAUUCUAGAUGGAGAAUUAUUCUCAAAAAUCUUAGCAGAUGAGACUCUUUGGAAUAUUGAGACCAUUGAAGGACAAAGAACAGUUGUUAUCACACUUGAUAAAGUCGACAAGAUGAAGUGGUGGGAAUCCGUUGUUGUAGGAGGGGAAAAGAUCAACACCAAGAAAAUCGAACCAGAGAACUCUAAACUCUCAGACUUGGACGGAGAAACAAGACAAACCGUCGAGAAAAUGAUGUUUGACCAGCAACAAAAACAAAAGGGACUUCCUACAAGCGAUGAGUUAGAGAAAAAGCAAAAAUUGCAGAACUUUAUGGAUGCUCAUCCAGAGAUGGAUUUCUCUAAAGCUAAAUUCAGUUAAGCCCUCUGCAUUUACUGUAAACCUUAACACAAAA